GCAGCAGUAAUUGCUGUUGAUUACGGGACAAACUGGUUUAAAGUUGGCCUUGUCAAACCGGGAAUACCUCUUGAUAUUGUGUUAAAUAGGGACUCAAAACGAAAAACACCGUCUGUGUUAACCAUACGGGGUGAAGAAAGAAUUUAUGGGACGGAUGCAGGUGCGCGGUUUCCAUUUAAUACUUACUUUAGUCUCAAGCAAAUUAUCGGACGUCUGGCUGACGAUGAAUACGCAAAAGCAUAUCAAUCAAUUUUUCCUAACAAGAUUAUACCAGAUCCUUUAAGAGGAACUAUAUUAUUUCAACAUAAUGAAACCACAGUCUUUUCCUUGGAGGAACUUCUCGCGAUGCAACUUUCUCAUGCUAGAGAAUUGGCCGAAGCCACUGCUCAGGAAACCAUCAAAGAUGUUGUUAUCACGGUACCGCCCUAUUACAACCAAUUCGAAAGACAAGCUAUUUUAGACGCCGCAGAUAUUGCUGGUUUACACGUUCUUUCUUUAAUCAAUGAAGAAACAGCUGAUGUAGGUCGUUUCAACAAGACGGUUAUCAAUUUGGACGUGAUCUCGAUUGGAUAUGAUAGGACUCUUGGUGGACAAGAAAUUGAUAUUCGUCUUCGAACAUAUUUCGCUGAACAAUUUGAUAAAACUUACGAAGGAAAAUUAAAAGAAUCUGUUUUCAAAUCUCCACGCGCCAUGACAAGACUACUCAAAGAAGCUAAUAGGGUGAAGCAAAUUCUUAGUGCAAAUACGGAAACCAUGGCAUCAUUGGAAAAUUUGCACGAAGAACGUGAUUUCCGUAUUGCCAUAACUCGAUCUGAACUUGAAGCAAUGAUAGUCGAUCUUAUAAAACGUGUCAAUGGACCAAUUCAGGAUGUGUUGAAUAAUGCAAAAAUGACUUUGGCUGAUAUUCAUUCUUGUGUAUUGGUUGGUGGCGGAGUCCGAGUACCAGCUAUUCAAUCUAUGGUUAAGGAUACUGUUGGAGAAGGUGCCGGAUUAAGUCGUCAAUUCAAAGUUAAGGAAAUUAAAGUCAAAGACAUUGCUUCGUACCCUAUUAAAGUUGAUUAUGAAUCUGAACUAAAAGAAUCCGAUGACGUCUUUCGUACGAUUUUGUUUGAUGAAUUUACAUCCGUUGGAACUCGUAAAAUAAUGAGCUUUAAACGCACAAGUGAUUUUAAUUUCUCAUUAAAUUACGGAAAAUUAAAUGAAAAUGUGUUGAAGGAUUUUGGACCAACAGAUAUUGCUAUUGCUAAGGUUACGGGAUUAUCCGAUGUCGUUAAGCAACAUAGUGAUAAUGAUGCCGAACGACCUAAA